AUGCUAUGUGUGACAUGUCUAGAGCCAGCUGAGUCGCUGUAUGUAACAUAUUCGAACAGACAUAUACAACUAACGCAAUGCAACUACUGUCACAAACCAGUAGAUAAAUACGUCGAGAGGGAUAAUGUGAUCCUGUUCAUCGAUUUGUUACUUUUGAAACCUGGUGCAUAUCGCCAUUUGGUUUUCAAUACACUGGAGAGUAAUCUAGAUAAAUAUACCGAUAUGGAUAAAGGGACGAAUGGAAUUAUUAUGAAUAAAUUGAGUCGGUGGUGGAAUAGAUUUGAUUUCUUGAAUAGAUUAUGGAUUCUUUUGUUGACUUUUGAGAUAUAUCUCAAGUGUGCAACAGAAGAAUCAAGAUAUUCUCAAAUGUGGAAAUCUGCAGCAAAAUCAAAUAUCUCCUUAGAUUUGAUCCAUAUGAGAAGUGCCCAAUUCCAAUACAUUUAUUUCACAUUAUAUUCUUUGCUCGAUAUCUUAUUAUUUCAUAAUUUGAUACAAUAUGCAGUAAUAGGGUUCUAUAAUUGGGGCCAUGAUGUUAAAUAUGCCAAACAAGUAGUAUCGUAUACAAUUUUGUUAUCGUAUGGGGCAAAGAUAUUCCCUGUAUUGAUGUUAAUUUGGCCCUACGACACUAUAAUAUCGAUGGAUAUCAUUAAGGGUGUAGCGAAUCUUUACAUUAUUGAAUCAUUGAGGAUAGUGACUAACUUAUCAUACUGGAAGAUUAUACGAAUAUUCUUGACUGCGACACUAAUCAGAAUUGUUGUCGUUAGACUUAUUAUGAUCCUAUUCUUGACAGGAGGGAAUUUACCUUUAGCUAUCAACCACAUAAUGAAUACUAUGUGGACCCGGCAAAUGAUAUUCUUAUAA